AUGUCAGCUAUUCUUCUGGGAAUGUGGCUGUGGACUCAGUAUGACGCCAUACUCACGAGGAGGCGGGUGAAGAAAUACAACCCUCCAGUACCCCUGGAAAAGCCAACGUUUCUGACCAACACCGUGAGCAUCUUGAUAGUGACCAUUGAUACACCAGACGGCUUUACAAACACGCUGCGCACUUGCCUUGCCAGCCAGCCUAAGGAGAUCAUUGUUGUUACGAUUCGUCGCGAUCUUGCACGAGUCGAAGCCCUUGUAUCUCCUGUUCUUAACGAGACUAACAAUGUGCCAAUUACCAUUCUGACUGUUCCGAAGCCUGGAAGACGGACACAGAUGGCUCUUGCCGCACGAGAGGCUACUGGUGAUAUCAUGUGUUUCGUUGAUGACGAUACAGUGUGGCCAAGCAACAAAGUGUUGCCAUAUCUCCUCGCAGGGUUUGAGAACCCAAAGGUCGGGGGCGUAGUCGGUCGACAAAGUGCUUGGAUCCCUAAAGAACGUCAGAGCCCUGACGCCCUUACACCUUGGGAAGUAGCAGCUAUCCGCAAACUAUCAAGCAACAACGAGAAGCAGAUGCUUCUUCAUGCCAGUGGAGGUGGCAUAUGGUGCUUAACAGGUCGAACCAUGUUACUUCGGACUGCUGCUAUAAAGCCUGGUACAUUCCUAGACGAAUGGACAAAUGAAAUAUUCUGGGGCCGACUCAUUCAGACGGGCGAGGAUAGCUUUUUGACUCGCUGGUUGCGUGAUAAUGGCUGGGAAUUGUUUCACCAAGACGCCCUCGAGGCUGAAGUGUUCACUGAGGUCAAAACCGACUCAAACUACAUUGGUCAACUUAUUCGUUGGCGACGUAAUGGAUUCCAGGCCUUCAUCAUGCAGCUUUUCGUCGAUCCUGGGUUUCGAGUUAUCUACAGAAGGGAUACUUAUUUUGCCCGAAAACUCGCCGAAGAAUUGGGCCGGCCUCUUAUCACUCUUGUCCACCUUGUUGGCUGGGUAUUGUCCAUUAUGUACUCACCCCGAGUCGCUGUAUGUUUCAUGCUUUGGUAUCUGUUUCAAAUGUUCAGGACCUAUCGGUCUUUCCUUCGUCAAUUCCCCUGGGUUGCUGUAGAGAACAUUUGGGCUGCUAUUGCAAUGGAUUAUUCCUAUCUCAUUCUAGACUACUAUGGGCUACUAACUGUAAGUCAAGAGGGCUGGUUGACUCGCAAUGAUAAGUGA